CCGGGGCGUCGGCGGCCUGAUGGAGUAAGAGGGUCGGCUGGAAGUGUGUGACGUUGAGUGCUUCAGAUCUGGUCACUAUGGUACGAGAACGAAAAUGCAUAUUGUGCAACACUGUGUACAGCUCAAAAAAGGAGAUGGACGAACACAUGCGGAGCAUGUUGCAUCACAGGGAACUUGAGAACCUGAAGGGCAGGGACAGCAGUCAUGAGUGCCGGGUAUGCGGGGUCACAGAAGUAGGUCUUUCCGCAUAUGCAAAGCACAUUUCUGGCCAGUUGCACAAAGAUAACGUUGAUGCCCAGGAAAGAGAAGAUGACGGAAAGGGAGAAGAAGAGGAAGAAGAUUAUUUUGACAAGGAACUCGUUCAGUUAAUAAAACAAAGGAAAGAACAAAGUCGACAAGAUGAACCCUCCAAUAGCAGCCAAGAAAUAAAAUCUGAUGAUAGGCGGCUCCAACGGAGACGAGAAGACAGAAUCCCUUACCAAGACAGAGAGAGCUACAGCCAGCCAGCAUGGCAUCAUCGGGGACCUCCUCAGCGGGAUUGGAAGUGGGAGAAAGAGGGCUUUAGUAAUACUAGGAAAAACAGCUUUGCACAUUCUUUAAGGAAUGGUGGUGGACCAAGAGGAUGUUCUGGGUGGCAUAAGGGUAUUGCAGGAGGCUCCUCUACUUGGUUUCAUAACCAUAGUAAUUCUGGAGGUGGUUGGCAUUCAAAUAAUGGAACAGUAGAUUGGAAUCACAGUGCUACAGGAAGGAAUUCCAGCUGGCAUUCUGAAGGAACAGGUGGCUUUUCCAGUUGGCAUAUGAACAGCAGUAACGGAAACUGGAAAUCCAGUGUACGCAAUACAAAUAGUUGGAAUUACAGUAGCCCCGGAGACAAAUUUCAGUCAGGCAGAAACAGAAAUUCUAACUGUCAAAUGGAAGACAUGACUAAGCUAUGGAACAAGAAAUCUAAGUCAAACAAAUACAAUCCAGAGAGAUACAAUUGGCAGCGGCAAGAAAAUGACAAAGUUGGUACAGUUGCCACAUACAGAGGUCCUUCUGAAGGAUAUACAAGUGAUAAAUUUUCUUCACAAAGCUUAUUUGAUUUCAAUUUUGAGCAGCCGGAAAGCCAAACCAGUAAACAGACAGAGAGUAUAGUUUCCAAAAUUGGUGGAAAGAGUGGCAGCGUAGCAAGGGAAAAGCUCCGUCGCUGGACUCCGUACCCAUCCCAGAAGGCUCUGGAUUUACAGUCAGGAAUGAAAGAAGUAACUGGUAACAAGUCAGAAAUGAUAGAUAAGCCUUUUUUUGAUUUUACCUUAAUCCUAGGAACACAAGAGCUCCAAAUUGAUGAGACAAAUAAUUCCCCAACAUUGAAAACGCAAAAAGAAACACAUACUGGAUCGCUUAACCACAAAACCACUUCUGACUGCAUUACAGGAAAACCUGAACAAGCGCGUAACUUAAAUAAGAUGCCAUCAUUGAAAUCCCCACUUCUUCCAAUUCCAGUCACUAAAUCAGUCCCUCAAAAGCAAGAUUCAAAGAAUCCCUCAAAAAUCACCAAAGCGAAUUCUUUUUCCCCCGGAGAACAUUCAAAUUCCUUGAACAAACACACAGAGGAAGACAGUCAUGGUUCUUCUUACAUGUCUAAAUUGCAAACUUCAUGUCCUCGUGGUUUAAAAGGGAAUAAAAGUAGAUUUGGUACUCAGAGGGAACCUGAUGAGAAUUUAAGUGAUACACUACAAAAAGCCAAAGAGGUGCUGCAGUUUCAUGAGACAUUGCAAAAUCCACUUAGCACUUCUAAAAGGAUUAGGAACUAUGAAAAAGCAGGUAGGAACGUAGAAGAGUCUGAAAAAGGGUCUUUGAAGAUUGAGUUUCAAGUACACUCAUUAGAAGAUGAAAGUGAUGGAGAGAUAUCUGACACAGAAAAGCACGGAACAAAAACUGGAACCCUGGUUUCUGCAACUACAGAAGCCUUAUCUUGCAGCACUCACGGUGCUGAUCAGAAGGAGGGAGAUGACCAAAACCUGAAAACAUCUAGAAAACUAUCCACUUCCCCGUGCGAGUCAGUAGUUCACCAGAAAGAAUCUGAGUUACAAAUGACAUCUGCAGUCAGUCCACGCGCUGGCUUAUUGCUAGAUUUGAAAACCUCGCUAGAAGACGUACAGGUUGAUGACUCUGUUAAAUCUCAUGUAUCUUAUGAAACAGAGGGCUUUGAGAGUACUGGCUUGGAUGCAGAUCUUCAAAAGAGCGAUAUAGCUCAGCCCUCAGGCCUUCUCCUGCCCGAACUAAGUAAACUUGGCUUUCCUGCCUCACUCCAAAGAGAUCUCACCCGGCACAUUAGUUUGAAGAGCAAAACUGGAGUGCACCUUCCUGAGCCAAACCUCAACAGUGCUCGCCGCAUUCGCAAUAUUAGUGGUCAUCGGAAAAGUGAAACAGAGAAGGAAUCUGGGCUCAAGCCAACCCUUCGGCAGAUUCUAAAUGCAUCUCGGAGAAAUGUCAACUGGGAACAGGUCAUUCAUCAAGUAACCAAGAAAAAGCAAGAGCUAGGCAAGGGCUUACCUAGGUUUGGCAUAGAAAUGGUGCCUCUAGUUCAAAAUGAACAAGAGGUCUUGGAUUUGGAUGAGGAGCCUGAUCUGUCCAGUCUAGAAGGAUUCCAGUGGGAAGAUAUUUCGAUUUCUUCAUCUCCUGGGUUGGCAAGGAAGCGAAGCCUUUCUGAGAGCAGUGUGAUCAUGGACAGGGCUCCUUCUGUAUAUAGCUUCUUCGGUGAGGAAGGUGUAGGCAAAGAAAAUGAGCCCCAGCAGAUUUUUUCACAUAGUAACUCAUUGAGGGCUACACAGAGUCAAAAAACAACGGUGGGCCUUAAGCAGGAAGUGACGCCUCUGGCUGCCUCCCUAAGAACAGGUGAAAGGGCUGAAAAUGUUGGUGCUCGCAGGCGACACAGUGCACAAUUAUCCUCUGACUGUACAAAAUCUUUGAUGCAUUUGGCAAAAGACCUGAACAGCCAGGAGAGUUCUGGACCGCCUUCAGAGAAUCAGAAUGCCAAGGAGAGUAAUGGAGAAGGAAACUCUUUAUCAUCAAAUGCAUCCUCAGCUCUUGCAGCCUCCAGUUUGGCAGAUGCCGGCACAGACAGUAGCUGUACCUCUGGUGCUGAACAAAAUGAUGGUCAGAGCAUUAGAAAGAAACGAAGAGCCACUGGAGAUGGAUCUUCUCCUGAACUCCCAAGUCUUGAGAGAAAAAAUAAAAGAAGGAAAAUUAAAGGAAAGAAAGAACGUUCCCAGGUUGACCAGCUGCUGAAUAUUUCUUUAAGGGAGGAAGAACUAAGCAAGUCAUUGCAGUGCAUGGAUAACAAUCUUCUGCAAGCCCGUGCAGCACUUCAGACAGCUUAUGUUGAAGUUCAGAGGCUACUUAUGCUCAAGCAGCAGAUAACUAUGGAGAUGAGUGCACUGAGGACCCAUAGAAUACAAAUUCUACAGGGAUUACAAGAAACAUACGAACCUUCUGAACGCCCAUACCAGGUUCCCUGUAGCCUUACACGAGAACAAAGGAGCAGUAGAUCUCAAACAUCUGCUGAUGCCACGCUGCUGCCUACUCCCUUUUUCCCAGUUUUUCUGGAGCCUCCAUCUUCCAAUGUGUCUCCAUCAUCCACAGGAGUUCCUUUCCAAGUAACCACAUCUCCUACUUUCCAAGCCCAUGGCAGCGUUCCUGCUCCAGACUCAUCAGUUCAGAUUAAACAAGAACCUAUGUCUUCUGAACAAGAUGAGAAUGUGAAUGUUGUGUCACAAGGCUCUCUUUGCAAUGUGUCCAAGGAAUUACUGCAAGGAGAGAUCAGUGACCAUUGCUCAGUCGAUCCAUCCAUUACUGCACCAUUGUCCUUGUCAGAGCUAACAGAAAGUUUCCGCGAGCCUAGCCAAGAACCGAAGCUUUCCAUGGAGCAAGGAAACACCAGAAACAGGGAGAAUGCUCUCUAUUCCCAAUCAACUGGUCUUCCUGGCAUAAAUAAAGAAGGUGAAGAGCCAGCCAAAGGCAACAGCGGGUCUGAGGCCUGUACCAGUUCUUUUCCAAGGUCGUUCUUUGCUUCUGAAACCCCUUUAGAGAAGGAGCCCCACUCUCCAGCUGAGCAGCCUGAACAAGCAGAGUCUACUCUGACAUCAGCCGAAACGAGGGGAAACAAGAAAAAGAAGAAACUUAGGAAGAAGAAAACUCUGCGAGCCGCCCAUGUUCCUGAGAAUAGUGACACUGAACAGGAUGUAUUUACUGCUAAACCUGUGAGGAAAGUGAAAACUGGAAAGUCAACUAAAGGAGGGAAAGUAACAACCUCCACCUGGGAGGACAGCAGAACUGGCCCAGAGCAAGAGAGUGUCAGAGAUGAGCCCGAUAGUGACUCCUCCCUGGAAGUCCUAGAAAUUCCUAAUCCUCAGUUAGAAGUGGUAGCCAUUGAUUCUGAAUCCGGAGAAGAGAAACCAGACAGCCCAUCUAAGAAGGAUAUUUGGAACUGCACAGAACAAAACUCAUUAGAAACUUCUCGUUCUGGUUGUGAUGAAGUUAGCUCUACCAGUGAGAUUGGCACUCGCUAUAAAGAUGGUGUACCUGUAAGUGUAGCAGAAACUCAGACGGUGAUCUCCUCCAUAAAAGGAUCAAAGAACUCUUCAGAAAUAUCUUCAGAGCCAGGAGAUGAUGAUGAACCCACAGAAGGGAGUUUUGAGGGGCACCAGGCUGCAGUGAAUGCAAUUCAGAUAUUUGGGAACUUACUGUAUACCUGUUCAGCAGAUAAAACUGUGCGAGCUUAUAAUCUGGUGAGUCGGAAGUGCAUUGGUGUCUUUGAGGGCCAUACUUCCAAAGUGAACUGCCUCCUGGUUACUCAAACCUCUGGGAAGAAUGCUGCCCUUUACACUGGUUCCAGUGAUCACACCAUUCGUUGCUAUAAUGUUAAGACACGAGAGUGUGUGGAGCAGUUACAGCUGGAAGACCGGGUCCUCUGCCUUCACAGUAGAUGGCGAAUCCUCUAUGCAGGACUAGCAAAUGGCACUGUGGUCACCUUCAACAUAGAGAACAACAAACGACUCGAAAUCUUUGAAUGCCAUGGCCCUCGGGCAGUUAGCUGUCUUGCCACAGCUCAGGAAGGUGCCCGAAAGCUGCUGGUUGUGGGGUCUUAUGACUGUACCAUUAGUGUACGCGAUGCACGGAACGGACUCCUCCUCAGGACGCUGGAGGGCCACAGCAAAACUGUCCUUUGCAUGAAGGUGGUGAAUGACCUUGUGUUCAGUGGCUCCAGUGAUCAGUCAGUCCAUGCCCACAACAUUCAUACUGGGGAGCUUGUGCGGAUCUAUAAAGGUCACAAUCAUGCAGUGACUGUAGUGAACAUCCUAGGAAAGGUGAUGGUGACUGCUUGCCUGGAUAAAUUUGUUCGCGUCUAUGAAUUACAGUCCCAUGAUCGACUGCAAGUUUAUGGAGGACACAAAGACAUGAUUAUGUGUAUGACCAUCCAUAAAAGUAUGAUUUAUACUGGCUGUUAUGAUGGCAGUAUUCAGGCCGUGAGGCUAAAUCUGAUGCAGAAUUAUCGCUGUUGGUGGCAUGGUUGCUCUCUAAUAUUUGGCGUUCUAGAUCAUUUAAAACAACAUUUGCUGACUGACCAUACAAACCCGAACUUUCAAACUCUGAAAUGUCGCUGGAAGAACUGUGAUGCUUUUUUUACUGCUAGGAAAGGAUCCAAACAGGAUGCUGCUGGACAUAUUGAACGACAUGCUGAGGAUGACAGUAAAGUUGAUUCAUGAAGUUUUUUGCCUCCCAUGUUGGGAAGUCAUUAGUUGAACUAAUUUCACAUUGGCCCUUAAAAAGGCCACCCUCUUCCCUUCCCCUGUGAAGUAGGGAAGGAAAGUGAUUACCAACCAGGCUUACCACUAGCAUAAGUCUGAGCAGCCCUAUGGGACGAUGGGUUACGCUUUAAGGUCUUGCUGGAGGUUUGUCAGAUUUAAACAGAUUUUCAGGAACCAUACUCCUGGGACAGCAUGGCAUAUAGUAAUUUAUGCCACUGAUGUUCUCCAGGUGCUUAUUAAAGAUGCAGACCUUAAUUGAUUACCUGAUUUGACCCUAAUCAUAUUUUUAUUGAUUUCUGUUUGUGAUUUUUAGUUUAUGUUCUUAUGAUGGUUUAAACCUGUAGUCAGGCUUUAAGUACCAGUUUGUUCAAGUGCUAGAUUUUUAGGGUCAGUUUUAAUUUUACUAGUUGUAAUAACUGGGUAUGUAAAUUAGAAGCAAAUAGUUUUCUUCUUAACAAUUAUGUUUAGUGUGUUUCAAUAUUCUCUUGCUUUGUAGGUGGACAGAGCUGGCUUUAAAUGCUAAGGGAAGACACUGUAGAUUUUUAGCAGUCUGCUGACUAUUUUAGGAACUCAGACAAUAAAUCACAUAAUGACAAGUCCUUACAGAUAGCACUACCUAGUGAACCUCUCUCUCUGCAGGUUUUGCUAGGCUGCUUGGUUCAAGGCAGCACACAGACCUAGUGUCCACCUUGAAAUUGUGCUGUUAGACCUGGGCACUCACUGCUGCAGGGAUUGUCAGGCUGUUCGAACUGGAUUUGCAGCCUUUAUCUCCCUUUCCAGUUUCUGACUCUCAAGGCUGCUGUGGGAUUGAAACCUUUUAGUUUGCUCCAUUUUCAAACCCUGUCUCUCCCAUUCUUCAGCUGUGCUUAGACUGAUGGCAGCCAUCAGGCACUCCCUCUGGGCUUGCAGCUGCUUUCCACUCACCUGCAGCACCAGGAUGGGAAAGUUAGGAUAAAGCAUCUGAAUUCAGUUUUUAGAGCCUCAAGCAGGCUUCUUAGAGAUUGAUUUCUAAAACCAUUGCCUCGCCUUCACCUCUCCACUAGCUUGGAAGGAAGAGUGGAAUCUGGUGAAGGUGAAGACUACCUGUCCAUUGAGAGCAGCCACAUUAACAAAGCCUUAGUGAGAUCGCUUUGUUUUGGGCUUUUCUCUGGACUCUUAAGAGAACUGUAGGAGUGUUACUUUCCAUUCUUUUGUUUCUGGAUUCACAGAACUCUGAAAGGUUCUUCAGGGAGAUAGAAAGGAGAGGAACCCAGUGCCACAUAACUAAGCUUGGGGUGUGGUGCCUACUGUUUUCUAGGAUUGCAGAGCAUCCAGGUUUCUCUCCACUCCUAUUAGUACACACACAUCUACUCACAUGCCUUCUUCACUGUGGCUCUAGGGCAGGGGAACUUCACUGGGGAGUCACGGAUAGGUUUCAGAAGGGUAUGUGAACCCCCUGGAAUUGUAUGCAAGACGAAGUAUGUGUUGUUUUUUCCAGGGAAAGCUCUAAUGGUUCUUACUAGAUCCAAAACAUUAAGAACUAAUAUAGGAGCUACUACUAGAUAAUGAAUGGCCUCACAAGCUAUUUACUUCUUUCUUUGUGAAUGGGAAAACUUUUUUGUUGACCACACUGUUGAGAUUUACAUGACCCUUGAGAGAGAACAGAGAGGGUUCUAGUGCAUAAAGACUCUUUGUGCUGUUUCUCUAUGACAUUAUGAAGCUUUUCCCACCUCUCACCCCCAUUUUCUGGACAGGUGACCAGAGAAGCCAGGCUGUUCUGUGGGUUUGGGAAUGGUGAAUUCCCAGGAAAGUAUAUUUGGAUUUAUUGCCAAACCUGGCAUUUUUCGCUGGCCUAUAGUGAAGCCACAUUACCAAGUUGGCUGGCUGUGUGCUAAGAAAAUCUUGCAUGCACUUUGCAUAGGUGUCCUUCUGUCCUGCCUGAGGACAUGUCUGAAAAGAUGAGAGUUGUGGAGCCUUUGUAGGGCAGGUGUUGGGCAAUCGUGGGGAACCUUUGCAGGUAGAAUUAGUAAGAACCGGUUUGGGUUUCACUUUGGUGGAAUUGUGCACAGUCUGUCUGCCUUCGUGUGUAUGAAUGUUCCUUGUACAUGUGUAUGCCAAUGGGCACAUAUACUUGGAAUACUUUUCCUCAUUUCACAAAACGUUUCUUUGAAGCAGUGACAGUAAUGUCUUUGUUUCAAGGAUGUGUAAAAUUUGUCUAACAUCAGGUUAGUGUGUUAUCCUAAAUCCACUGUUCUAGCCCUCUGUUUAGAAAUAAAUGCACCAUAAACAUCUUGGCUGUUUAUGUAUGGUUAUGUGUUAUUACUUUAAAGUGUCUUGAAAGUUAUGCAGAGUUUUGGCUAUUUUUAUGUCUUCUAUGAUGUCUUGACUGAUUCUAGCCCUCUGUCCCCCCUUAGAGAAGAGCUGUGGCUCAGGGAUUUGCAUAAACUCUGGUAUUUAGUACUUUAUGUGGAAAGGAAACCGUUACAUGACCUGACAAAAACCUGACUCAUUUCUUACAAGGAGUUGGAGGCCAUUUUUUAGAAUGUUAUUUUUAAUACGUGUGCCUACUUCUUACGGCUAGAAGCCGAGGAUGGUGUACAUCCUUUUGUGUGCAUAUGCUAGUGUUUUAGUGGCAGUUUGUUCUGAUAUAAUAUCAGUCACUUCAAGUUUUAUCCUAAAGUUUUAAAUCAGGUUCAAAGUGUAUUUUGGCAUACUCCUCUACUCAGUUUACAGCAGUUAAACACAGUACAAACAGAACUGUAAGAGGAAAGAAUUAUUUUGACCUGAUGCUACUUGAAUUUAAGAGAACAUCAUUGCUACCACACUCCUGCUUUUGUGGGGUGGGAGUUUUUCCUGUCUCAGAAGAGUUAGCAGUUGAGUGUUUAGCUCCUGACCUACCUAUAAGUUACAGGCAACAUCACUGCUGUUUAAGUGAUUAUUUGCCUAAAAAAGGUUUUUUUGUUUCUGUUUUUUAGGGGUUUGGGGGGUUAGAUUUUACAGUGGACAACUUUAGUGACUAGGUAUGUGGAUGAUUUGGUGGGAGUAGGUGUACAACACUUAGUAGAAUGGUAUGGUAUGUUUUAAGGAAGAGAAUUCAUUGGAGGGGAGAUCAGAGUAUAUUGUGAUGUGAGAUUUGAACAGCAUGGUCCUCCCGAUUUGCUCAAAUAAUUGCAAUUAAUGUACGCUGACUUCAAAUAACUGCAAUUAAUAUACGCUGACUUAGAACUUUUGUUCCUGUUACCUAAAGGAGAGCUUUGAGAAUUGCUGUGAAGGCCAUGCCUGUCACACUGAUAAAAUAAUGAUUUCGUCCCUGCCCCAAAUCAUUGGUACCCUCAGGAUUGCAAAGAAGCUCUCUAAUGACUAGGAAUAGAAGCUGUGGUGGAGGUGAUUUGGGUUAUACUGAGUUCCAUAUGCAAGUGAAUGUGAAAUUCUGACAUAAAACAAACCUACUAGUUAUCAGACAAUAAGUUCUAACUAACCUCACCUCCAACUCACAGGUAUGUGGCCCUGCUGGGUCACAUGGCCACUGAAAUUUCCCAUAUUUGCUCUAUAUUCAAGGUAGUAGCCUAAUUGGAUUGGGGGAGGAGGGGAGUCAAGGAAGAAAGGCUAUUGAAGAUCUUUUUUCUGCUUAAGAGAAAUACAUGCCCUAGAGCUGUUGUAGCACCCCUGAUAUUUGAAUUUUUUAAAAUAUUGAAUAUGGAUUAGAAGAAUGAAAUCAGAUGACAUUUGACUGCAAAAAUGUUUAUAAGCAAAUAGCUUAGUCUUACAUUUUGGUAUAAACCUGUGAACUUCAUAACUUUGUAAAGCAAGAUAUAAAGCAAAUACAAGAGGAAAAUAAAGUACUUUUACUAAUUGUUUA